CCUUGCGGACCAUGUGGAAUCCCAAUACAGGCCAGCCUGGUGCCUACCCUGGGGCAGCCUAUCCUCCCAACCCUGCUUCCUACCCUGCUGGCUCCAAUCCUGCAUAUCCUCCAGCGGUGAAUCCUGGUUUCCCCCCAGGCCCUGUGCCUGCUGGCUCAUACCCCGUCCCCCCAGUAGGGAUCCCCGGCCAGCCUGCCUACCCCCCGGGCCAUUCUAUUCAGCCACUGUAUCCCGGUCACCAGCCUGGCUACCCUGUCCCACCUGGUGGCUCCUACCUUCCGCCUGCUCCGGGGAUGCCCGGAGGGAUGGGGGUUAAUCCUUUGCUGCCUGGAGGUGUUGCCAUGGGCACCUGUGUGUUGGAUAAGAAGGCGGAGAAGAAGAUGAGGAAGAAGAUGAAGAAGGCUCACAAGAUGCACAAACCGCACAAGCUGCACGGCAAGCAUUCCUCCUCUUCCAGCAGUAGCGAUUCUGACUGA